GGCCUCGGGCAGCCUGCGGGGCGGGAGACCCGCUGAGCCCGCGCUCCCCGGGCCCGGGCGGCGGGCGGUGCUGCGGCCGCUCCCCCCUCCCGCGGGGCCUGCGCCGGCCGCGCCGCUCCGGGGUGAGUGCGCCCGCGGGCUCGGUGGGAAGGGCUUCCCCGGAAGCGGCGGAGGGUCGCGGCAGAGAGUCUGCGGGGACCCCAGCAACAGCCCCCCAGAGCACAGGAGCUUCCCGAAAGAAAGCGAUUGAAAGCCAAGAAGGGAAGCCCGUUCCCCCAAAGCCCGGGGCGCCCACAGCCUCGGGUCCCCCUGGAGCCGGCGGAGGAGCGGUUGGCCGCGGGGCUGCGGGCGCAGGAGUGGGACAGAGGCUUUUCCACUGUCCGGGGAGGGAGGGACUUGCAGGCAAGAGCUGCACCUGCUCUAGGAGCUGCUGAGAGGACUCCGGGAAGAGGACCGGCCCCGAAGCGGAGCGGCAGCCGCCCUAGGACAGACCAUGCCCCGGUGAACGGAGCGGACUUCGAGGGCAACUUGGCGCGGACCGCCUGCGAGCUGCCCGGGCCCCGCCAGCCGAGGAGGAGCGGCAGCAGCGCGGCCCGGCGGGGGGCUCUCGUCUAUGCCUUCUUGGGGCGCCCGGCGGCGGAUCGGGGUCUCGUUGGUGCAGACGGAGCCCGGCGCUGGUGGCGGCUGCAGGUGGCUGCCGCCGCCUCUGCUGCUGGCGUUGCUUCCUCCGCUGCCCGGGCCGGGAGCAGCGGAGACCUCUGAGCGGGGACACCUCCUCCGGGGCGGCAGCCAGACCUCGGACAUGUGUCAGCACACCUGGGGCGCCGCGCAGCCCUUAAGCCCGAGGGGAUCUUUGCCGGAACAAGUCCAACGGCGAUAUUGAUCUUGGGGGUGACUGUCCCUGGACCGGCCGCCGUCCGGUGGGAGUGCGAGCUUGCACACUCGCCCAGAAGUGUGUGAGUGUGUUGGAUGUGCGUGUGCCGUGCCGGGCUAACCCCCCCGCCCCCCGUUUUCCCGUCGAGUGAUGCACUUGGAAUGAGAAUCGGAGGAUGGAAAUAGUCUGGGAGGUGCUUUUUCUUCUUCAAGCCAAUUUCAUCGUCUGCAUAUCAGCUCAACAGAAUUCACCAAAAAUCCAUGAAGGCUGGUGGGCGUACAAGGAGGUGGUCCAGGGAAGCUUUGUUCCAGUUCCUUCUUUCUGGGGAUUGGUGAACUCAGCUUGGAAUCUUUGCUCCGUGGGGAAACGGCAGUCUCCAGUCAACAUAGAGACCAGCCACAUGAUCUUCGACCCCUUUCUGACGCCUCUUCGCAUCAACACUGGGGGCAGAAAGGUCAGUGGGACCAUGUACAAUACUGGAAGACACGUGUCUCUGCGCCUGGACAAGGAGCACUUGGUCAACAUAUCAGGAGGGCCCAUGACAUACAGCCACCGGCUAGAGGAGAUCCGGCUACACUUUGGGAGUGAAGAUAGCCAAGGGUCAGAGCACCUCCUCAACGGACAAGCCUUCUCUGGAGAGGUGCAGCUCAUCCACUAUAACCAUGAGUUGUAUACAAAUGUUACGGAAGCUGCAAAGAGCCCCAAUGGAUUGGUGGUAGUUUCUAUAUUUAUAAAAGUUUCUGAUUCAUCAAACCCAUUUCUUAAUCGAAUGCUCAACAGAGAUACUAUCACAAGAAUAACAUAUAAAAAUGAUGCAUAUUUACUACAGGGACUUAAUAUAGAAGAACUGUAUCCAGAGACCUCUAGUUUCAUUACUUAUGAUGGGUCGAUGACUAUCCCACCCUGCUAUGAGACAGCAAGUUGGAUAAUAAUGAACAAGCCUGUCUAUAUAACGAGGAUGCAGAUGCAUUCCUUACGCCUGCUCAGCCAGAAUCAGCCAUCUCAGAUCUUUCUGAGCAUGAGUGACAACUUCAGGCCCGUCCAACCCCUCAACAACCGCUGUAUCCGUACCAACAUCAACUUCAGUUUACAGGGGAAGGACUGUCCAAACAACCGGGCCCAGAAGCUUCAGUAUAGAGUAAAUGAAUGGCUCCUCAAGUAGGGAACUAGCCCAAGAAGAAUUUCAUCUCAGCGAAAUGCUACAACUGUGAACUGACAUAACCUGGAAUGUCCCCCUUCUUUCUUCUCUCUCCUUCCCUUUUCUCAAGCUCAUUCACUCUUUGGAUUGGCCCCAUCUUCAUGAAAAGUGUCUGCAAAACCAUGGCAGAAGACACACACAUGCAUACAUAUGCACACACCUGCAAACAUAUCUACACACAUACAGGCACAGCCUACAAGAUCGGAAGUCAAGUUUUCAGAAACAAAAGGCUCAUUCAUAAGAGGUCUUAGAAGAAAAUAACCAGUUAACCUGAUUACAAUUUUGAUACUGUUUUCCUGAACUAAUAAAUCCACCCAGUGAGACUUUUCAGCCUUUGUACAUACAGAAUUCUUCCAAAAGAGAAUGGAGAAAACAUGGCUUUGACAGCAUUAAGCAGACUUCGUGCUUUGCAUCGAGUAAUCUCAGUGUCCUAGAAUCCUUGGAGGGUGCUGGUGGCAGGUGAACCAGGACAGAGUUGGCCAAGGACACUUAUUUCUAGAUUCUGAUUCUUCUGUUUACUCAACAAUUUAAAAAGGAAAAAAAAAAAAAAGGACAGACAUUGAAGAGAUACACAUUGUAUAUAUAUACCACCGCAGACUAUAAAGAAAUUGAAUUAUUUCCCCUUUGUCACAUAUCUGUAGUAGGAUUUGCCAAGAUCAGAUCCAUUUGCUGUUUCUUGUUUUCCAAAGGUCAUACAUUGUGUUUGGUUAUCGUUAACAGCUCAAUAAAUGGGUUUAACGACUUAAUUUUAUUUUUCUGGCUUCGGGUCUGUUCUCCCUCCUUACAGGCUAAGCCCCAGCCCCAUGCAGCUGCAUUCUUUGGUUUCACGUGUUCCUUCAUCUACAUGUUUUGUUCAUUCGCAGCCCCUUUUUUUACUGAGUUUGUGGCAAUCAGGAAUGCAUUUGCUAAAGCAAGUAUAACUUUAAUUACCCUCCGUGGCUCCAUCAUUCAUCUGAGGUGAGCUCCAGCCUGAGCUAGCAGGCUACCGAUUCCUUGCGUUUUAAAACUGCCAUCCCCCUCGCCCUGUGAUGCUCCCUUGAAGGAAUGCACUUUGCCUUGUAAAUUCCUGGGGAAGGGGUGUCUUUUCUCUCCGGGUGCAGCUGGAUCUCACAAAGUACAAACGAAUGCCUUUCUUUUCUUGUUUAUAAUGGUCACUCACUGUGUUUGGUUACUGUCAAGAAAUCAAUAAAUGUGUUUAACAAGUUA